AUGCAAAACACUGUACGAGACUAUCAAAAUGAUAAAAAUAAAAUAAAAGAUUUCCUCAAUGAGUUCGAAGUUGACACUGCUGAUGGUUAUAAAGCAUCGAAGUAUGUCAAACAACUGAGAAAUUUAGCUAAUCGUGAACAAACAACAUUGGUUAUUGAUAUCGAUGAUGUUGCUACUGUAGAUCCGGAAUUGGCCGAUGCCAUUCUGGAGAAUACUCGUCGAUAUACACAGAUCUUCGCUCAAAUUGUGCAAGAAAUGUUACCUGAACUCAAGGACAAAGAAAUUGAAAAUAAAGAUGUACUCGACGUUUAUAUCGAACAUCGAACACUGAUGGAACAGCGUUUGCAUCACAACAACGAUGAAACACGUGAUCCAAUGAAUCGUUAUCCCGAAGAAUUGAUGCGUCGAUUCGAAUUGUAUUUCAAACCACCGUCAACACAAAAGCCUCUGUCCGUUCGUCAAGUCAAAGCAAAUCAAAUUGGUAAAUUAAUAUCGGUUAAAGGCGUUGUCACACGCGCCACUGAGGUUAAACCAAUGAUUAGUGUUGCAACAUAUACAUGCGAUAUUUGUGGCUCAGAAACUUACCAACCGAUCACUGCACCGACAUUCAUGCCGCUGGUCAUGUGUCCAAGUCAAGAUUGUGUUACGAACAAAUCUGGUGGACGAUUAUCAUUACAAACGAGAGGCUCGAAGUUUAUUAAAUUUCAAGAAAUCAAAAUCCAAGAACAUACUGACCAAGUUCCGAUCGGUAACAUUCCACGCUCGAUGACAAUCUGGUGCCGAGGAAUGAACACACGUGUAUGUCAACCAGGUGAUCACAUAUCCGUCGGUGGUAUAUUUUUACCACUGCUUCGAACUGGUUUCCGUCAAAUGACUCAGGGUCUCCUGUCCGAUACAUUUCUUGAAGCACAUAGAAUUGUUUUGUUGAAUAAAAGCGAAGAUGAAGAGAUCGAAGAUCGAGAAAUGAGUGAAGCAGAAAUGACGGAUAUAUUUGCUGAAAAAGAUUUGUACGAUCGAUUAGCUAUGAGUAUUGCACCGGAAAUCUACGGGCAUGAAGAUAUAAAAAAAGCAUUGUUACUUUUACUGGUCGGUGGCAUUGAUAAGUCUCCACAAGGAAUGAAGAUUCGAGGAAAUAUCAAUGUGUGUCUUAUGGGUGAUCCUGGUGUCGCUAAAUCUCAAUUGUUGAGUUAUGUCAAUCGUUUAGCACAACGCAGUCAAUAUACAACUGGUCGUGGUUCAUCAGGUGUUGGUUUGACAUCUGCACUAAUCAAAGAUCCUGUAACAAAUGAACUUGUGCUUGAGGGCGGCGCUUUAGUGCUAGCUGAUCAAGGUAUUUGCUGUAUUGAUGAAUUCGAUAAAAUGACAGAACAUGAUCGAACGGCAAUUUAUGAAGUUAUGGAACAACAAACGAUCUCGAUCGCUAAAGCUGGUAUUUUAACUUCACUCAAUGCUCGUACAUCAAUUUUAGCAGCGGCAAAUCCUGCAUUCGGUCGAUACAAUCCCAAACGCUCAAUUGAAGCUAAUAUUCAAUUACCUGCUGCAUUACUUUCACGUUUCGAUUUACUUUGGAUUAUCCAAGAUAAAAACGAUCGGGAAGUCGAUCUUAAAUUAGCCCGGCAUAUCGCCUCCGUCCAUCAAACAGGUUGUCAACCCGAACUCGAAAACAAUCAUCAAUUUAUCGAUAUGAAAACACUCCGACGAUACAUCGCAACAUGUAAAAAACGACAACCAUUGGUACCCGAAAAUUUACUUAAUUAUGUUGUUACAGCUUAUGUUGAAUUACGUAAGCAAGCUCGUGUUUGCAAAGAUAUGACAUAUACAUCUGCUCGAAUGCUUCUCUCGAUUUUACGUUUAUCAACUGCAUUAGCUCGUCUCCGUUGUGGUGAUCUUGUUUCCAAGGAUGAUAUCGACGAAGCACUUCGGUUAAUGGAAUCCUCACGGUUGCUUUUGAAACCUCAUGAAAAUGUUCCAACACGACAAAUCAAUCCAAUUGAUCAAGUGUUUGCUAUUGUUCGAGAUAUGGUACCAUCGUCGGGUUCAAAAAUUGUUCGCUAUGCCGAAGCGAAAGAACGCUGUAUUGCUAAAGGUCUCAAACCGGAUAUAUUUGAUGAUGCGCUCGAACGUUAUGAGGAAAUGGGCUUAUGGCACGUCAAUCAACAACGUACAACAAUCACUAUUGUUUAA